AUGGCGCCCGCUCGCGCGAACUCGCGGGACACAGCGUCCGAGCGCCUCGUGUUGAUCCUAGCCAUCAGCAAGAGGAGCACGACUGGCUGCAAGAACGUGACCUUCAACCGCAGCAAUAAGAAGUUCCAGGUACAUGUGCCUAAUGGCGGCAAGCGUGUCCGCCUCGGCUACUUCGACACCGCCGAAGAGGCGGCCACCGCCUACGCUCGCUCAGAGCCCUUCGGGUAG